GUUCAGACGGCUUUUAUAGUAAGCGGCAAAGGUUUGAAGCUUCGUAGGCAUCUCCCAACUGCCCCCACCUCCUACCUGGGUAUAUAUUCCUCCUCCUCCUCCUCCUCGCCCAUCUCUCUCGCUCUAUCUAGGCUCGACCCAUUUCUCGGUCAUCUUCUUCACAUAGGCAAAAUCCCAGUUCUCCAGAUAAGAUGGAGGUGUAUCGGGCCGUGCCCAUCUCCCCCUCCUCCUUCAACCCUCACUACUCGACCGCAGAGUCGGAGCCUUUCGACAAGCUGGCGCAGGAUUUCGAGGAUAAGCUCGGCGUCUCGGGCGCCGGGCCUGAUGGGUCUGAAGAUCCCGCGACCGCGUCCGCUGAGGAAAAGCCGCAGCUCGAGGAGGAGGAAGAAGACGACGGAGGAGAUGGGGAUUCGGACUUCGAGUUCGCUUGCCUCAACCCGGACGGUUCCCCGGUCUCGGCCGACGACGUCUUCGACAACGGCCGGAUCCGCCCUUUCUUCCCUCUCUUCAACCGCGACCUCGUGUUCGCCGCCGCCGCCGCCGCCGCCGAGCCGGAGCCUUCGUCGUCGCUCCUCCUGCCGCCCGUGAAGAAGGUGUUCGCGGAAGCGGGGGCGGACGAGCCGCGGGGGACGUACUGCGAUUGGAGGGCGAGGAUCGUGGAGGAGACGCCGCCCUCGCCGGGGAGCUGCCGGAAGAGCAACUCGACCGGAUCCUCGAAGAUGUGGCGGUUCCGGGACCUGUUGCCGAGGAGCAACAGCGACGGGAGGGACGCCGUCGUGAUGCUGAAACCUCACGCCGACGCGAAACCAAGCGACGGCGGCGUGGAGAAGGGUAGGAGGUCGACGGACAAGGCCGCGGAGAGGAAAGAGGGGGCGAAGGCGGAGGAGGCGAAGAAAGGGAAGGGGAAGGGCAAGGCGACGGCGGCGGCGCCGUCGGCGCACGAGAGGCACUACGUGAAGAGCAGGGCCGUGAAGGAGUCGGAGAAGCGCAAGUCCUACUUGCCGUACAAGCGAGACCUGCUGGGGCUCGGGUUCUUCACCAGCGUCAAUGGGUUGAGCAAGAAUCUGCACCCAUUUUGAGCCAACCGCUGCGGAUUACUGACUAGCAUUUAGGGGUCAUCGAAAUCAAUUGAUUCAUUGAUUCAAUUCGUGCAAAGAUUUGUUCAGUCGACGUUGUUUCCCCGGGAUGUUAUCGAGUCCUGGGAGAUGAAUCAUAAGUCCUGACUCGACAUGGAGAUUUUCAAGACGUAGACGUAGGAGAUAGGUGGCGAAUUCGCUUCGAUUCCCGGUUAGGUGAAUGCGGGAUGUUCAGAUCGUAGCACUAGCAGUUUCUAUUUUGGUUAUUGCUUUCUUCAAUAUCCAAAUGAUGAUGUACAGCCAAUUUGAAUAAACUUUCCUUCAUCAAGACAGUGACAUGUUUGAUUU